UAAGCUUUCCUAAUUAGUAGUGUAUCUGUACCACAAAGUAUAGUACUUCAUUAUCUCUCAUUAAUUUCUCAAAAAUGACGAAGUUAUCCGUGGAGUACAUCCAGCCGUCGUCCCCAACUCCCCAACACAAACGAAAUAUCAAACUCUCCUACUUAGAUCUCCUCCACCGCCCCACCUACGCCUCCAUCCUCUUCUUCUACGAAGCCGCCGUCGCCGGCGCCGGCGCCGACCAGUCCCAAAUAAUCCGCCGCCUCAAAGACUCUCUCGCCGACACCCUCACCUCAUUCUACUCCCUCGCCGGGGUAGUUCAUGUCGGAAAAGACGAUGCCCACAUCGACUGCAACGACACCGGCGCCGAGUUCAUCGAGUCCCGCGUCGACGUCGUCCUCGCCGACGUCGCCGCCGAGCGGAACGUCGACGACUUGGGGCCGUACGUAGUCGCCGAGAGCGAAACCAAAGCUCCGCUCGUCGUCAAAGUUACUUUCUUCAAAUGCGGAGGAAUUUGCGUCGCGAUUAGUCUACUGCAUCUCGCUGCCGACGGCGGCUCGGCGGCGAUUUUCGCCGACGCCUGGGCGAAGACUUGCAGCGGGAAGCCGGAUUUCGCGCCGCCGACUUUCGAGGCGGCGGAGUAUUUUCCGGCGAGGGAGUUCCCCGACCACCACAACGGGAAAUUCAUGCCGUUGGGCGACGAAAACUUCGCCACGAAAAGGUUCGUCUUCGACGAGGAGAUGCUUAGGGUUUUGAAGCGGAAAGCCGCGUCGAAAUCCGUGCCGUACCCGUCGCGAGUGGAGGCGAUCUCAGCUUUCAUUUGGGAGCAUUUCAUAGCCAUGGCGAAUUCGUCGCCGGAACCCUCCACCGGCGCAAUUUACCCGGCGAUCCAGGCGGUCACUUUGCGGGGACGAACAAACCCGCCGGUGAAUCUCAAAAACGUGCUGGGCAACUGCUACAUGCUGGCCUUCGCGAAGCACGAGGCCACCGGAGAUUCCGCCGGCGGCGAGGAGGGGUUUUACCAGAAGCUGGUGCAGGAGAUGAGGAAUUCGAUCAGGAAGAUCGACGGGGAUUACAUUUCGAGGUCGCAGGAGGGGGACGAUUAUCUGAAGGAUUUGCAGGGAUUCUCGGCGCGGCAGGCGGCGGGGGAGCUGAUGGAUGGAUGCGUGUUCAGCAGCUGGUGCGGGUUUCCGUUGUACGAGAUAGACUUCGGGUGGGGGAGACCAGUGUGGGUGAGCACGGCGGCGGUGACGGUGAGGAACACGACUAUUCUGAUGGGGACGAGGAGCGGGGGGGCCAUUGAGGCCUGGGUAAACAUGGAGAAGGACAAGGUCGACCUUCUGCAACGCAAAAUCGAUCUCAUUCUGGAAGAAGACCGCCAUUGAUUUAGUUUCAGAGAUUGAAGAAAUUAAAAAUUAAAAAAAUGUCAUUUGCGAAUUUGCUUUCGGCGUUGUCGGGUUUAGUUAAAUAAUUAAUUAAGUUCAACUAGAUCGGAGAGGGAUUAUAAAAUCGUUGGCAUUUGUAAGGGAUUUUGGAUUUUAGUGUUUUUUUUUUUUUUUUUUGGUUUUUAAUUGUAUUUAUAUUGAAAGUAUUAAAAUAAUAUCGUGUUUGAUUAGUUAA